UUACUUCAUCGCCUAUCCCGGAUAUCGCCAUUUGUUUUCCUCAAAACUGAACAACCAGAACGCCUUCUCCCCCGCGUUAUUAAAUAAGCCAUGUUAAUUAAAAAAAAUCUAAUUAAUGUCCAUAUAAUGCCCAGCGUGUCCGUAUCAAAAUGCGUUUACUUGCUUAAACUUUAUUAAUUCCGCGAUACUGCUUAAAAGGUAUUGUAAAAUUCCUGAAAUAAUUAAAAAAAAUAUUAUAAUAAUAUUUUUAUUACUGACGUUUGGUACACUCAUUAAUUACGCACAACUGUUCAUGACCACGGCAUUAUUUAUGUCGCCCUGAAACUUACAAUCGCGACAACGCUCAUUGCGUGAACACACUCGCGUGAAAACUCCGUUCAAAAAUUAAAAGCCUGCCAGUGGCUGUGUCCAAAACUUUUUUAUUGUUUUUUUUUAAACGGCCGAAAUGUAAUUGUCGCUGGCCAGUAAUUUUUUAACGCAGUUGCAAUGUACACUCCUCUGACACCUGUGCAGGCUGAAGGAAGGGUGAUGGGUCGAAGAUUUGUGCUAACCCUGGUGAUUGGGAUCUCGGCCGGAUUUAGUUUCGCGUACAUACUGUUAACGUCGUCCGGAUCUUCACCGUACAGAGACUUCGACAAGCACCCAAUCAUGGAGGUCCAAGACCACAGAUUCGACGAGCCAGCCCACAGAGACGAGGACCGGACGGAGGCGGACGAGUUAUCAAAGAAGGUUCGGGUGUUGUGUUGGAUCAUGACGCAGCCCAGCAACCACGAGAAGAAGGCGCGGCAUGUGAAAGCUACGUGGGGGAAGCGGUGCAAUAAGCUCAUAUUUAUGAGCUCGCAGGAAGACCCAAAUCUCCCGGCGGUCAAGCUGCCAGUGCAAGAAGGGCGAGAUUAUCUCUGGGCAAAGACGAAAGAGGCCUUCCGAUACGUGUACGAACACCACAGGAGAGAUGCCGAUUGGUUCCUUAAGGCCGAUGAUGACACGUAUGUAGUAGUAGAGAAUUUGCGCUACAUGUUGUCGGAGUACAGCAGUAACGCCCCGGUGUACUUUGGCUGCCGGUUCAAACCGUUCACAUCACAGGGUUACAUGAGCGGCGGGGCGGGCUACGUGCUGAGCAGGGAAGCGCUGGAUCGGUUCGUGAACACGGGCUUGCCGUCGCCGCACCUGUGCAAGGCCAGCGAGCAUGGCGCUGAAGACGCCGAGAUGGGUAUUUGUCUAGAAAGAAUCGGCGUAAAAGCCGCAGACAGCCGGGACAGCCUGGGCCGCGGGCGGUUCUUCCCGUUCAUGCCGCGGGACCAUCUGUUCCCCAACAAGGACAAGGGCUUCUGGUAUUGGAAGUACAUCUUCUACCCUUCAGACGAGGGUCUAGACUGCUGUUCAGACCACGCGAUCUCAUUUCACUACGUGAACCCUCAGGAGAUGUACAUAUUAGACUACUUAAUCUACCACCUCCGGCCGUAUGGCAUCAAGUAUGGCGUCAGCGAUGCUAAAACUAGUGAAAAUAUAGUAGGCAGUAAUGAAACUAAGCAAGGUACUCAGUAGUUUAACCUUUUAACCUAAG